UUUUUUAGUCAUUGAAAUCGCAGUUUCGAUUCUCUCCGUAUUCCAUCGUUUCUUCCCCGAAUCCGUUUGCCCUUGCGAUUUCGGAAAGAUCCUCACGUUCUUCUUCCGUUGUUAAUCAGACCAAACAGUUAGAUGAAUUUGGAUCGGAACCGUCCCAACUUGAGUUUCAUUUAGAUUUUUUUUUCCUGUUUUUGUUCUUUCGAUCGCUUGAAGAUCGUGUCUUUUUUUUUAAAGAGCAUGGGGAGGUUGUUCUUGCUGAAUUUGGAAGGGAAGAUUUACUGUUGCAAGCACUGUAAGACGCAUCUCGCUGUCUGUGAAGAUGUCGUCUCAAAGUCCUUUCAGUGCAGACAUGGUAAAGCUUAUCUCUUUAAUAAGGUUGUGAAUGUCUGUCCUGGAGAGAAGGAAGACAGGAUGAUGAUGACCGGCUUGCACACAGUGGCUGAUAUUUACUGCAUCAAAUGCGGAUCUUACUUGGGAUGGAAAUAUGAGGUUGCUUAUGAGAAGAGCCAGAAGUACAAGGAAGGAAAAUCAGUUCUUGAACGUGAAAACAUAUGUGGGCAGGUUCAAGGUAUCGGGACCGGAAGGGAGCAACAAUAACUGGGUGGCUCAUGAAGCCGGUGCAAGUGAUCCAGAGGAUGAUUGAUUAUUGAUGGGAUUUUGGGUUUUUGGGUCUGCACCAUCUUCUGAAUCUGAAUUGUACAUUCUCCUUCAUCUCCUUUCUUAGUUCUUGCUGAUGUGUAAGGAUGAAAGCUUAUCCUUGGAUCAUCAUUCAUCCUUAUUUUGGACAGAGCUGUAUGUAUAUAUACAUGAUAUUUCUGUCUUUAUAACCUAAAGAUUCUGAUUCAUCAGAAACAUUUUUUUGUUUGUUUCA